AUGAGCUCGCCGGCACCAGCAGCGUCGGACGAGAACAAUGAGAGGCGGAGGAGCCUCGGAAAGUACGUGAAGAGAAUGAGCAGUGUGUUCAAGCGCGGGAGCUCCAGCAGAGCAUCUGCGCCCGCCUCGACAUCGACUGCUACUCCGGCCACGGCACCGGCACCAACAGCAACAACUGCUCCGGAGACGACUACACCCGCGGCACCGGCCUCCGAAUCUGCUCCCGUGGCGACGUAUCAGUACAACAGGAGCGCAGUGCAACAGGAAAGAGCUCGGGCGCUGUUCGCCAAGUACGGAUUGACUCUGGAAUCCCAUGAAUGGAUAACUCCCGCUAUUUCGAAUAUCCAGCGGGUGGAAAAGCCCAUCCGGAUGCGCGUCCACCGGACCUGCCACCGAUGCGAAACCACCUUUGGACAGGAACGCGUCUGCGCCAAGUGCCAGCACAAGAGGUGCAAGAAAUGCCCUCGCUACCCGAAGAAGAAGGUCAUUGGGGACAACACGGACGAUCUCGCUACUGAACAGCGUCCGAAAAAGAAGCAGCUGCUCACCAUCAAGAGCAAGACUGGUGGAGAUCUCGUCUAUCAGCCAACCAAGCAGCGAGUCCGGCGGACUUGCCACAAGUGCGAGUCGUUCUUCAACCCUCCAACGGCCACAGUGUGCGAAAAGUGUCAGCAUGUGCGAUGCACACGAUGCCCUCGGGACCCAGCAAAGCUGAAGAAGUGGCCGGAUGGCUAUCCUGGAGAUGCGCCGGCCGAGGAUUCCGAAACGGAGCUCGACAAUGAAAGACCGAAACGCAUGUACAGGAGACCACGGCAGAAGGUCAGAUGGGAGUGUGAGCAGUGUCAAACUUUAUUCGUCGACGGAGCGUCAAAGUGCGAAGGCUGUGGCCACGACCGGUGUAAUACGUGCCCAAGAAAACCGCCCAAAAAGACCAAGGUAGAGAAGGAGUUUGAUCCGGAAGUUGUAAAGAGCGUAGAAGAAAAGCUGGCUCGAUUUAAAGUUGGGGAGACGCCCACCUCAGUGUUGACUGCAUGA